AUGCCUCUACAUACUUUUGAGCCUGCCCUAGCGGCGCCUUCAAAGUCAGUGAUCCCAAUUACUUUGAAAGACGUCGAUGUGGAUUCUUUCGGCGCUAUCGUGCGAUGGAUGUACGCGCCUGACAAAAUUGAGCUAUUCAAGCACCAGCAACGAGAAGGUAGCGUGAACGAUGAGCCUCUAAAAGACUUGAACAUCAACUGCUUUCCCCCUGUCCUGCUGCUUACCGACCGUCUCGUGAUGAAAAUUCUUAUCUACGAUAUGUGCGAACGGCUUGUGGAUGGUUUUGAGAUGUCAUUGUCUUGGUGUACAGGACGCCGUGACGCUACCGCGGCUGAGGAGGCAGAGGCGCAGGCAUGGGCAGGCGAUGGGAAAGGUGCAGACGAAGAUGAAGUCAUCAAUGAAGAAGAGGCCGGGGUGGAUGUAGAGGAAGAGGCAGACGAAGGUGAGCAGGUGGGCGAAGAGAAAGGCGCAAGAGAAUCCUGCGGAUUAGAGAACAUCUUAAGUGGAUGUCUUACCUCCCAGACCAUCUUCGGCACAAAUGCGAUAACAGAGUCAUUCAUCCAGUCUUGCACAGCACCAAAAAAGGGAUUUAGUGCCGAAAUGAUCGAGCUUGAGCCUUUGUAG